UUUGGCCUGAUUGGGCUGGACCACUCCCCUUGUUGCUCCUCCAUUGGCCCAAGCCUACAUCAAUCUGUUUAUUCCCAUGAACCCUCAAAUUUGAAACUUUUUUUUUUUUUUUUACGAGAAGGCGGAGGAGUGAUCGGGUUACCACCAACUGUUGUAACCGAGCCGAGAGAAGAAAACACUCUUUCAAUAAUUUACACAUCUGUGCUCGAUACAGCAGCGGCGGCGGGGAGAGGACGUUUCUAGCAGCGGAGAUCCCAACAAACUGCUGGACAAACUUACAAACAGAAAGGCAAGCAUGCAGUGAAGCCGCUAUUUCCUGCGCUGCCAGGAUGAAGACUUGAGAUAUUCGCCCCAGAUUAAAGUUAAUCUCGCCGGCUGACCCGCUCCCGCGUCCCCCCACUGACGGAUAGAGGAAGAAGAAUUGAGCAUGGACUCCUUCAGCACCAAGAGUUUAGCCUUGCAGGCACAGAAGAAGCUGAUGAGCAAGAUGGCCACGAAGAGUGUGGCCAACCUCUUCAUUGACGACACCAGCAGUGAAGUGCUGGACGAGCUGUACCGCGUCACCAAGGAGUACACCAGCAAUCGCAAGGAGUCCCAGAAGAUCAUCAAGAACCUAAUCAAGAUGGUGGUGAAGCUGGGAGUGCUGUACAGAAACAACCAGUUCAGCAGCGAGGAGCUGAUGCUGGUGGACAACUUCAGGAAAAAAGUCCACACUCUGGCCAUGACGGCGGUCAGCUUCCACCAGAUCGAGUUCACCUUCGACCGGCGCGUCAUGAGCGCGCUUUUGAACGAGUGCCGUGAACUGCUGCACCAGGCCAUCAAACGCCACCUGACAGCCAAGAGUCACUCUCGAGUUAACCACGUCUUCAAUCACUUUGCUGACUGUGACUUCCUGGCUGCUCUGUACGGGCCCUCCGAGGUUUAUCGUGCUCACCUGCAGAGGAUCUGUAACGGGGUCAACAAGAUGCUUGAUGAGGGGAACCUCUGACCUCUAUGCGCCUCGUCAUCAGGCGUGUUUACCUCGAGUCGCCCUUGGUGUACCCGCAUGCAGGAUGUCUUUUUUUUGAAAGAUGACAAUCGUGAGCCUUUUUCCUUUAUCUUGUGUUUAUUGUUUGUGUGCCUUUCAAGCAUUACUGUAACACUGAACGUCUCUCGGCUAGUUAGUCCAAAGUGUGUGCCUUCUCCAGCCUUACUUUUUGUGACACCACAGCUAUUAACUCCAGCUGAAUGUAAAACUUCAUGCUCUUAUCAGUUUAUGCAGGUGUAAGAGCCUUGACAACUGUGCCUUGAAAAACAUAUUCCUUAUUCCAAGGGCUUACCUUCCCUCUCCCUUAUGAAAAGACAUAAUUCCUGGCAUAGGCCUUCAGUUAUAUCUCUACUAGGUGCCUAAUGGACAAACAUUGUGCUGGGUGUCCCAGAAAAAGAAAGUGAAUAUCCUUGGAUUUGAAGAAGUUACUCUUUUUUUCUUUUUUUUUUCUAAAAGUAGUAUUGCACUCAAUCCUGAACAAGCGCUGUACUGUACUUUCCUGCAGUCGUGAACUCUUGUGAAGCAUCACAGCUGAAUAAUCCUGCUUAGCCUGCAUUUUAAAGCUCCAAACAUCAUGCACUGAACGGUUUGGUAGAGAAGCCGGGCUUCUGUUUGGACCUAUAAACCCAGUUUUGUUUCUAAUAGUCUUGUUUAUAGCCACCACAACAAAGAUGAGGUAUUUGGGUCAUAGGGGGACCAUAAACGUGAAGGAAUUUGAUUGUGCUGUGCAUUGUUGAUUGUCUCUGUGCUGACUCCAACGUCUCACUGGCCGUGCGGCACAGUCAGGCACCAGCUGCAGAGGUUGCUUCUGUGUUUUUUGGGGUUUUUUUUUUUUUUACCAGAAGGGAAUUAAGCAUGAACACAGUCGGACCACUUGUCCUUAUAGGUGUCGGAGUACAGGGUCAACUGUGCUUCGGAUUUAUUGCCCUUGCUUCAGGUUUAACCUAAAAGCACUAAAACUCCGGUUCAUAUUCUGACUGAUCUGGACUAAAAAGGACUCCCCUUGAGCAGUGAGAUGAAAGGCUGGACGAAAAACUGCUGCUCCACAUCUAUGAAAAGGACCAGGCAGGGUAUAGAGAUUAGAGCACAGACAAACACAGCACCUGAUUCUACUUUCCCUCUGCAAUUAUAGCUCCCCACUCUGGGCUGGUAUAAUGGCCUGAAGCUCGCCUGUCGAGCAGCCACUCCAUUUCGCUACACAGCAGUCUCAUGUAAUGUGAUGGAGAUAACCAUCUCUGUUUGCGCAAUGCAAGUCUUUUAAUAGAGUGAAAGAUGUUAUUUCUUCCCUAUAAAGGAGCAUAGUUACUACUAUCCCACUCUAACCUCACAUAAUAGCCGUCUUUCCUUUUUGUCUGUUUUUGUAUCACUGAGGUUGUCUGGGAGAUUGUUUUGUUCUGCGUCCUCAUUUUGUAUUCUCUGUGUGUGUUUGUGUGUGUACCUGUGAGAGAAUUUGAAAUUGAGCCGUGUAAUAAGUGCUGUGCUUUCCCAGAUAGGAUUGCUGAAACUUUAACUUCUUCCACAGCAGCUCUGCCAAAGAAAAAAAAAAAAGGACUGAUGUUACUCAAAAUACAGUCUUUCUCUUGAGGAACACUUCACAUAAUGAUAUGCACUUGAUAAUUAUAACACUGCUCUCUGUGAUAAUGAAGACAAAGAUGGUGGUCAUUGUGGAUUGAGUACCUUCUUUUUAAUUCUUAGAUAGCUUCCCUGAGUGUACUUUCAUUUUUCAGAUCCAUUUGACUCUCAGCACAUCAUUUACGGAAGCUUUGAAGUAAAUCCUUUCAAAACAAUUGACUUUAAUUGUCUUUCAGUUCCAUUUUCUCCAAUCUGUCCACAUCUCAGGGUUAGUUUAAAUCCCCCCCUACUUUAAAACCCACAACAUACUAAAAACCACAAACUCUUGCAAAAGCCUCACUUAUUUUUUACUAAAGCUCUUGAAUGAAACGUACUUUCCAUGUUGUAUUUUUACUAUUGAGAAUUGUGAAAUGUUUUCAUUGUCAUCCGUGUACAUACAGUAUGAUUGUAUUUGUGACCCCUCUUUAUCUAGACACAAUAAAGACAAUUCAAAUGACUUUUGAAAAAAUGAAUA